AAUCACGAUGAAGUGAUGAUGGAUAAAAUAUAAUUGUAAUUUCUAGUCGUUUAUAAAACAUACUUAUGUCGAUAUUUGAACUUUUUCAUCUAUUAACUUAUCAACAAAUAUAGAACUGUAACUAUAAAUUUCUUAAUUAAGGUAAUGACCGAGCACAGAGGAAAUUCAUUUUACAAUUCUUGCGUGAAAGUUCCAGUGGAUCCUUAUAGUAGACAACCAACACCUUCUUAUGAACGCCUUAGAUUAAUAAAAAGCAAUAAAGAUGACAAUAUUGACAUCAAAUGUAAAAUAAAUUUUACAAAAGAUGAUCAAUUUUUUAACGAGUACGAGAUCUCAAACUCCAGAGAAAUUUUUGACAACUUUUUGGAAUUUUUAGAAAGCAUACCAGAUUAUGGUCAAGUUUAUCAUUUGUCAAACGAGCAAUUUAAACAAAAGGUAGAUUACCUAAGAAGGAAACAAAAGUUAUUGCUAGAAAAUUUGCAAAAUACAUCUACUGAUCAUGAGAAUAUAAAUAUAUCCAAUCUUUCAAUAUCAAAAUGUAAUGAAAUAAAACCAAAAAUUAAAAGUAAGGAUAAUAUUAAUGAUUUAACAUUGAAUGGCAAAAAAUGUUCCUUAGAAGAAUUCAGAGUUUCUAGUCCUAUAUUUUUCACUUCUGAUAAAUUUAAUGGACUUACAAAAGAUCAAGAUCUCCUUAUAAAUAGCAAAGGUAAAAACAGCAGAGAAAUAAAUUCAGCUAGUAAAAGUUGGAGAACAUUGAGUAGAUUAAAUAGCAGCGAUAGCAUAGAAAGUGACAUAGACAGUAUAGAAACACAAAGUUUACCAGCUAGUGCUACAAAGGAAUGGCACCCCACUGUCCCUAAGCCAUUUAGUUUUACUUUAAGAGAAGAAGCAGAAAAAUAUAUGACCCGUGUCGAGAUGGGAAAAGAAAUGGAACAUAGAAAUCUAGAAAAUAAUAAAAAGAAUAUUCACAGAAAACGACGCAUAAGAUCGAUUCCACUGACAUCCAAAAUUCCUCUUUAUAACAAAUUACUAGCUGAAAAGGAGGAAAGGAGUCGUAUAGUUCGCGAAGAAAGCGCCUUUAAUUUAAUGUCUCAGGUACGGCCUUUUAAGCUUGAAUGUGAUCGUCGAGCUUGGAGAUCUUUAGCAAGAUCAAGCCCCGAUAUUCGUAACAGAAUCGUUAACACGAAUAUAAAAUUUAAGGCUAAACCUGUACCAAAGAAUCUUUUUAGUACCGAGAUAUAUGAUCGUAUGCUUGAGGACGAGUACUACAGACAAUUGCAAAAAAAAAUAAGGGCUGCACAAUUAAUGAAGUCUUCCUCGUUGCCUCCAUCAAUGGCGAGACGAGAGCGCGUUAAGUCCGCGUAUAAACGCUCACAGAAUACAAUGAAAAAUUAUGAGGAGAAUACAAGCAAUAGGAAUACAUCGCGACCAUCAAGUAAUACUUCAGUACCAUUAAAAGGAUAUAGAUCUAUGAUGUCACUUUUACCAUUACGGGGAAAUAAUUUAGCAGCGAUUUUAAGAUGCCAGGUGUCACGAGAAAAAUUGGAACGUGAAAUAAGAGAAAGAAUGGAAGAAAAACGAAGAGAACACGAAAUGAAAAUCAGAGAAUCUUUGAUUGGACGAAAUCCAGUGUGGAGGGCUUUAAGAUCAGCAGCAAGGCAUGAACACGAGAGAGAUCUUAACAUUCGGACCUCUCUUCGCCGCGACGAAGCACGCGAACAGGCGGAAAGACAUCGUUUGCAGAUGGAAAUGAUGAUAGAUCGUGUGACACAAAUACCAACGCUUUUCGAACGUCAUUCUCAGAGUUAUCAGUCGUUAAUGAAAGCGCAGCAAGAGAGUAGCUCAAAAAUGUCGCAGCGAAACAAAAAAGAGAAGCAACAAAAGCACAUCUCAAACAGUGCAGAUUCAUACGUUGAUUGCGGAAACGCAUCUAGACCGGAUUCUGGAUCAUUGACUAGUUAUUCGGGAACUUUAUUAUCCACGAGCCAAUCCUCGAAAUCGUCAAAUACGAACACGUCAAUUUCUGAAAACUCGACAGCCAAAUCUCAAGUAUUAUUUUCCAAAAGAAAAGGAGAUCGCGGCCAACUAAAAGUUUCAAUAAACGAGACUGCUGAGCUAAUUGAAGAUCAAGACAAGAAUGGUGAAUUACAUAAUAACCAACAUUCCUUUAGCGGCAAAUGUGACGGGAAUACAUUUCGAAACGAUGAAUAUGACAAAGAGAGAUAAGUAUCAAACAUUUAUUAAUUGCAAUAAUUACUGAUUGUAGUAAAUCAUAAGGGAGCAAUAGCCGUGAAAGUCUUAAAAACAGUCGUAUUUAUUAUCUGUAAGGUUUUAUAUUUUAUUCUAUACAUGUAGCAAAAAUAGAAAUUCAAUUACUUAAAAUUCAUAUUAAUGUAAUUACAUAAAAAAGUGGGUCCAAGGCAAACAUGUUGAAUAGUAGAUGAGACCAAUAUGUAUGUAUAUGUAAUUAUGUAUAAUCGUAACGUAUCCGUUAUUGCGAGUAACAACCUCAAAAGUAGAACACAGGAUAUAUUCGGGUAAACAAUGUUGCUUCCAGUGUAAUUCAUGGAACGCGUAAAAGAAAUAUUACGUGUUAAGUUAUUAGCUGUAUAAAUGCAACUUGAUCAA